CAAUAAAUGUAAGGCUCCUGCAAAGUCCUCUCAUUUUUAUAUUGUUCCCCAGUUUAUGGUUCACCAUGGGAUUUUCUGUCCCCUGGAGCUGGUUUGCUGCUCUUUCAUGUGUCCUCUGCAUGGGAGGUGAAGUUUGGUGUGAAUGCACAGAGGAAGGUAUGGAAAUUGAAGACGGUUAUUACUCACUGACCAGGCAGCUGCAGAGUGGCAGCAUGUUGUUCUACAGUUGUAAAAAGGGUUACUAUCCAUACCCUGUUCUGACCCGCACGUGCCAGCUUAAUGGCAAGUGGAGACCCGAAAAGUCUUCGCCUCAGAUAUGCAAACUGGUUGAAUGCCCAGAUCCAACUGUGCUGGAGUAUGGAGAUGUCUCCCCUCCUCAGGAUAAGUACUUUGUUGGAAAUGAGACCACGUAUGAGUGCUACUCUGGACAUAGACUGCGAGGCUCAUUCAGACGUGUUUGUUUACCAAACGGGAAAUGGAGCGGCUUCACUCCCAUCUGUAGCCGUGACUCAGGAGAUAACUGUCCUGAUCCUGGUGUCCCAGCUGGUACCAUGAGAGUGGGGAACCUAUUUGGAAUUGGUGACAAAGUGAAAUACAGCUGCAGCAAUAAUAACCUGUUUUUGGUGGGGUCAAAAGAAAGGACGUGUCUGGAGAACGGCCAGUGGACCGGCACAGAACCAGAAUGUUACUACAAACACACCUAUGACAGUCCACUGGAGGCCUCAGAGGCAUUUGGCAGUGCAAUCAAAGAAAGCCUCACCACUUUACAGCCCAACGGUAACGAACAGUCGGGGAAAAAUUUCAGGAUUUCAAAAGAUGGGAUACUUAACGUGUAUAUUGCUGUGGAUAUUUCUGAGAGCAUAACCGAGAAAAAUGUCACUGAUGCAAAAGAUACUAUCAUAAAACUUAUUAAACGGAUUGCCAGCUUUACUGUGUCUCCAAACUAUGAAAUCUUCUUUUUCUCUUCUGAGAUAAUUGAAGUUGUCAACAUUCUUGAUUUUUUGCAAAACGGAGUACAGCCAAUAACAAUCAUUGAAGCCAUUGAAGCUUUUGAAAUAGGCGACCACAACACUGCUGGGACAGAUCUGACACUCACCUUUGAGACCUUCUUGUCCAAAAUGGCUUUCAUAAAGGACAGAGUUGGAGAAAAAAAUUUUACAGAACAUCAUCACAUCCUCAUGCUUUUUACAGAUGGUGCUUAUAAUAUGGGAGGUUCGCCUUUACUAGCUCUGCAAAAAAUAAAGAACAUGGUAUACAUGGACCAUAGAAGUGGAGAGAAUCAUCCAAGAGCAGAAUUUCUUGACAUUUAUGUUUUUGCCCUUGGAAUUGAAGUCUUUGAUGAAGACCUGCAGCUACUCACAACAGGGCUUGGUGGGAAGCAUUACUUCAGAUUGGAUCAGAUUACAAAUUUGCAAAAGACCUUUGAUGAAGUAAUUGACGAAGACGCUGUUAUGGGUCUCUGUGGUCUUCACAAGGCAAUAGACAGCUACGGCUACAAGAGGGAAAUGUAUCCAUGGUCAGCAUACAUUAAUGUCGAGACUGGAGAAUCAAAGACGAGAUGCCUUGGCUCUCUGGUGACCGCGAAGUUUGUUUUGACUGCUGCACACUGCUUCAAAAGAAAUGAUUUACCUGAGCACGUCACUGUUGAGAUUGAGGAUGGCCAUGGCACAAUGAAAAAAGUUAAAAAUUUUUUUCUUCAUCCACAAUAUAAUGUUAGUGCUAGAGUGGAUCAGGGCGUGCUGGAGUUCUAUGACUAUGAUGUGGCUCUCAUCGAACUGAAAACAGCUGUUGCAACCACCUAUAAAUCUAGAACUAUUUGCAUACCUUGCACCUUGGAGACCAAUAUUGCUCUUAAACUGCCCAAGAACGCUACCUGCCAGCAGCAAGAGGAGCUUCUUUUAAAGGAUCGUAUUGAAAAGCUCAAUUUCCUGACCAAGAUAAAGUCUUCAGUAGAAGAAAAAGAUGCCUACAUUCACCGUGGUGAUACUAGAGAUGCAUGCAUCAAGCAUGCGCUACAUGCAAAAACGAUAAUAAGAACAGAUAAGGCAGAGGUUGCUGUGACUGAUAACUUCCUGUGCAGUGGUGGUCGGACCAUUGAUUAUAGAAGCCAUAUAGCUUGUACAGGUGACUCUGGAGGUGCUGUUUACAAGGACUUUGAACAUCGCACUGUUCAGAUUGGUGUGGUCAGCUGGGGAAACAAAAAGAUGUGCUCUGGGGGAAGUCUCAAGGAGUCAGAUAGUACCUCCCGAGAUUUCUUUCUUAAUCUUUUCAGGGUUGUCCCCUUCCUCAAAUCAAUCAUUGGAGUUACCACGAGUGAUGGGUAUUCAUCACUUACCUUUUUGGAGUAAAUGUAUUUACAUACUGUACUUUGUUUUGCCAUUUCAUUGAUAUGAUUUGUGUAUUGUAUGUGUACUGUAUGUUUAAAAACAUGUUAUUUUGCUUAUUGAUCGUUUAUCAGACUGAGUUCAGAAUGAAAAAGGUACAAAUAAAAAUAUUUAAAGAAUAUAACAUUUUCUCAUUAAAAGCAUACAUACAUACCGUAUAUACAUAGAUGCAUAUUCACAAAAAGGCAAAAAAACACCCAUUACCCAUUCUCAAAAGGUAGUCAGUGCAUGUAAAUAGUUACUAGUUAUGCUUUUCUUUACUUUAUCCAGUCUGCACAUACAUUGAUUCAACAUGUUCAGUGAUCAACUAGUGUGUAAAGAAGUUAAUAAAUCAGCAUUGACCUGG